AUGUCUCUACUUCAAUACCCCCCGCCCGUGGAUUAUUCCGCGCAACUGAAUGGCUUCAAGGAUUUCUUGAAGGGGUUCAAGACCUUCCAAUCAUCCUCGGAAGCUGCUGCGACCGAAGCUUUGGAGGACCUGAAUAUCAACGACGGCCAGACUAGUGAUGAAUACGAUUUCAUGGACGAUGCCGAUGAGACGGAGGGGGCAAACACUCGCGGAGCAAGGAGGCACCGGGAGCCUAAGCUCAAGUACAUGCAAAUUCUGCAGGAUGUCGCAAACCGAGAUCAGUCUCAUAUUCUGAUUGAAUUGGAUGAUCUUGCAAUUUUCGAAAAAUCCAUGCCCGAAGGAGAAGACUUGAAGCUCGUCGACUCUAUCGAAAAAAACACAAAACGCUAUAUCGAUGUCAUUUCUCAAGCGGUUGAUGAUGUUAUGCCUAAAGAGACAAAAGAUAUCACCUUCAAAGAUGAUGUGCUUGAUGUGAUCAUGGCUCAGCGCGAGAGGCGCAAUGAAACCAUGGAGACUGCAAUGGAGGCUGAUAUGGAAGCUGCUGCUAAUGCUGCAUCCAUGUUCCCUCCAGAGCUCACCCGGAGAUAUACCAUCAACUUCAAGCCUAUCACACCUUCGGGUUCCAGCAGUGAGCGUGGGUCUAAAGCCCUCGCUGUCCGAAAUGUGCGUGGUGAGCACUUGGGUAGCUUGAUUACAGUCCGCGGUAUCACAACUCGUGUCUCGGAUGUGAAGCCAGCUGUCCAAAUCAACGCUUAUACUUGUGAUCGCUGUGGUUGCGAGGUAUUCCAGCCCAUCACUACCAAACAAUACCUCCCCUUGACCGAAUGUCUGUCGGAAGAUUGCAAGAAGAAUAACACAAAGGGCAAUCUGUUCUUGUCGACUCGUGCAUCAAAGUUUUCUCCUUUCCAGGAAGUGAAGAUCCAGGAGAUGGCCGAUCAAGUCCCCGUGGGCCAUAUCCCUCGCACUUUGACCAUCCACUGCCAUGGUGCCCUUACCCGUCAAUUGAACCCUGGUGAUGUUAUCGACGUGGCUGGUAUCUUUUUGCCCACACCCUACACUGGGUUCCGGGCUAUUCGUGCCGGCCUGCUGACUGACACAUACUUGGAGGCUCAACACAUCACUCAGCACAAAAAAUCAUACAACGAUAUGGGGAUGGACAAAGUUACUCUUCGCAAAAUUGAGCAGCACCAGCGCUCUGGCAAUAUGUACGAGUACCUUUCACGGUCUAUUGCGCCCGAAAUCUACGGACAUCUUGAUGUCAAGAAGGCACUGCUAUUGCUCCUGAUUGGUGGUGUUACGAAAGAAAUGGGUGACGGCAUGCAUAUUCGUGGCGACAUCAACAUCUGCUUGAUGGGUGAUCCUGGUGUGGCCAAGUCCCAACUGCUUCGAUACAUUACUAAGGUUGCCCCUCGUGGUGUUUACACCACCGGACGAGGAAGCAGUGGUGUUGGUCUCACUGCUGCUGUUAUGAGAGAUCCAGUCACAGACGAGAUGGUGUUGGAAGGAGGUGCUCUUGUUCUCGCAGAUAACGGUAUCUGCUGUAUUGAUGAGUUUGAUAAGAUGGAAGACUCGGAUCGGACAGCCAUCCACGAAGUGAUGGAACAGCAGACAAUCUCCAUCUCCAAGGCUGGUAUUACAACUACCCUCAACGCCCGUACAUCCAUUCUGGCAGCGGCCAAUCCGCUGUACGGUCGGUACAACCCCCGGAUCUCACCGGUGGAGAAUAUUAACCUUCCCGCCGCUUUGCUCUCUCGUUUCGACGUUAUGUUCCUGCUUCUCGACACUCCGUCCCGCGAAGGUGACGAGGAAUUGGCCAGCCACGUCACCUAUGUUCACAUGCACAAUAAGCACCCAGAGACCGAGGAUGCCGGUGUGAUGUUCACUCCUCACGAAGUCCGUCAGUACGUUGCCAAGGCACGAACAUUCCGUCCGAUCGUGCCUGCUAGCGUUUCCGACUACAUGGUUGGUGCUUACGUGGCUAUGCGCAAGAGACAAAAGGUCGACGAGUCCAAGAAGAGACAGUUCUCCCACGUCACCCCCCGUACUCUGCUCGGUAUCAUUCGUCUAUCCCAAGCUCUCGCUCGUCUUCGCUUCAGUGAAGAGGUUGUGCGCGAAGAUGUCGAUGAGGCAUUGCGUCUCAUUGAAAUCAGUAAGGCUUCUCUAUACAAUGAGGGCGAGCAGGGUGCCGACAACACCCCAUCCAGCAAGAUCUACAACUUGAUCCGCAGCAUGAAGGAGAGUGGUGCCGCUGCCAUCGGAGAUGGCGAAGAGGGCGAGAUGAGCAUGAGACGUAUUCGUGAGCGUGUGCUCGCCCGAGGCUUCACCGAGGACAACCUCACUAUGACCAUUGAUGAAUAUGCCGAUAUGAACCUCUGGCAAGUCACUGGCAACGGUACCCGUCUGCUCUUUACUGAAGUCGACGGUGAUAUGGACAUGUAA